AUGUGCCUGACCUGGGCUGCCACAGGCCUGGAGCCACUCGGGCAGCCAGUGCCUACGAUCUCCAGCGGCUGUGCUGGGCCAGGCCGCAGCCACCUGGACUGCGCGCGCCUCAAGUUCCCCAUCGACUACCCGUACUCUCCACCGGCCUUUCGGUUCCUCACCAAGAUGUGGCACCCUAACAUCUACGAGACGGGGGACGUGUGCAUCUCCAUACUCCAUCCACCGGUGGACGACCCCCAGAGCGGGGAGCUGCCCUCAGAGAGGUGGAACCCCACCCAGAACGUCAGGACCAUCCUCCUGAGUGUGAUCUCCCUCCUCAAUGAGCCCAAUACCUUCUCGCCCGCCAACGUGGACGCCUCCGUGAUGUACAGGAAGUGGAAAGAGAGCAAGGGGAAGGACCGGGAGUACACGGACAUCAUCCGGAAGCAGGUCCUGGGGACCAAGGUGGACGCGGAGCGUGACGGCGUGAAGGUGCCCACCACACUGGCCGAGUACUGCGUGAAGACCAAGGCACCCGCGCCCGACGAGGGCUCGGACCUCUUCUACGACGACUACUACGAGGACGGCGAGGGGGGCGAGGAGGCCGACAGCUGCUUCGGGGACGACGAGGACGACUCGGGCACGGAGGAGUCCUGACCCCGCAGAAUAAACGCGCAGAGUUUACCUCACUAGGGCCGGACCCGUGGCUCCUUCGACGACAGACUACCUCACGGAGGUUUUGUGCUGGUCCCCGUCUCCUCUGGUGGUUUCGUUCUGGGCUCUUUUCUCCUUUCCCGUAUUUGUUCUGGGUUUUCAUGUGCUUCAGAGAAGAGGGGCUGCCCCACCGCCGCUCGCGUCACUCGGGGCUCAGUGGACGGCCAGGGUGGGAGAGCCCCGCGCACCUCUCCUCGGGAGGGGAGCUGAGCCCCGACGUCUGCUGGGGCCCCCUAGCUUCCGGACUGGCCGUACCCCGGAGGAGCCACGGGGGCUGCUGGGAACGUGGGCGGGGGCCGUUCCUGCCACUGCCAGCCUGGGAGACCCAGGUGUGGGUCCGAGGGGCCCGGGCCCGCCUGUCAGCUCCAGGGCCUGGAGCCACGUCCCAGCACCAGUGGACGGAUUCACCGUGGCCGACUCUUCUCUCUGCUUUGGUUUGUUUGAAAUCUAAAUAAAACUACUUUAUGAGAGGCCA